GGCCAUUUCGUUGGUGCAGGCCGUCAGCUGUAAAGGGCAGUGGGGAUAUAACGUGUAUACUGGUAACCUGAAAGGCACAUCUGAAACAUCGCAACAUGAGUGAGCAAGCUAUUUCAUUCGCUAAGGACUUCUUGGCUGGCGGAAUCUCCGCUGCCAUCUCCAAAACAGCCGUCGCCCCGAUUGAGAGAGUGAAGCUUCUCCUUCAGGUCCAGCAUGCCAGCAAACAGAUCACAGCAGACAAGCAGUAUAAAGGAAUCAUCGACUGCGUUGUCCGUAUCCCCAAGGAGCAGGGAGUCCUUUCCUUCUGGAGAGGUAACCUUGCCAAUGUCAUCAGAUACUUCCCCACCCAGGCCCUCAACUUCGCCUUCAAAGACAAGUACAAGAAGGUCUUCCUUGAUGGUGUGGACAAGCGCGCCCAGUUCUGGAGGUACUUUGCCGGUAACCUGGCCUCCGGCGGCGCUGCUGGAGCCACCUCGCUCUGUUUCGUGUACCCCCUCGACUUCGCCCGUACCCGUCUGGCUGCUGACGUAGGAAAGGGAGGACAUGAAAGAGAAUUCAAAGGUCUGGGUGACUGCCUGGUGAAAAUCUUCAGGUCUGACGGUCUUCGGGGGCUGUACCAGGGCUUCAAUGUGUCUGUGCAGGGCAUCAUCAUCUAUAGGGCUGCGUACUUCGGCAUCUAUGACACAGCUAAGAGUAUGCUUCCAGACCCUAAGAACACCCAUAUAUUGAUAAGCUGGAUGAUUGCACAGACUGUAACAGCUGUCGCUGGCCUGACCUCCUACCCCUUCGAUACUGUCCGUAGACGCAUGAUGAUGCAGUCCGGACGCAAAGGAGCUGACAUCAUGUACAGUGGGACCAUUGACUGCUGGCGCAAGAUUGCACGUGAUGAGGGCGGCAAGGCUUUCUUCAAGGGAGCGUGGUCCAACGUGCUCAGAGGCAUGGGCGGUGCMUUUGUGCUGGUGUUGUACGACGAGAUGAAGAAGUACAUGUAAUCCUUCAUGUUGUCACACCACUGCUCAAUUUGGCUAAAUGUGUUAACUUUUCAUUUCCAUGGACUUUGCAUUCUGCCUUAUUUAUGGGAACAAAUUUGGCCUCUCACCAGUUGCUGUGAGAGAUGGCUGUACGUUGUGCAUCUUUGAUUUUAAAAAAAACGUCCUGCGCCCUCUUUACCAAUGUCAUUCCUGAUAACGAAGUAUGAAUACCUCCUUGUGUCAUUCGCUAGGUUUCUGUGGUCCCAACUUAAAAUAAAUUUAUUCUGGGGAACAAACUUAACCAUU